UAACUUCCUGCUGCUGUUGUCACAUGACUCUCCCGUGUUGCAGGAAGAAGCAGGCAGGGUCGAGACAGCAGCCGCGAUGAAAGCGUCGGCAAACUGAGGACAGCUGAAGUUUCGGACAACCGAGAAACUGGACUGAGAUGCAGGAAACACAGACAUAAUGUAUGUGGAGCGGUUGGAGUAAAUAGGACACCAUAGCGAAGCAGGACAGAUGAAGUGCUUGCUGAUAUCCAGUCAGAGUGCAGAGGUCCUCUUCCACUGGACCGACCCUGAAUUCCAUCAGAAUGUACAAGACCAGUACGGGGCGUCUCAAGAAGAUGGCCAUGGGCUUCCAGCCUUUGAGGACAGCAUCAGCACUCUGUUUGCUCCCAUCAUUAUCUCCUGCAUCACCAUGGUGGACAGGCUGGGUGACAGCUACACCUCCUUCACCACAGAGAACAACCAUAUCUACGUCCUACACCAGUUUGAUGAGUGUCUCUACAUUGCUGUGAAUGGAGAUGGUGAGGAGGGGGAGGGGGAUCUGAGGAGGAAAAUCUACGUGAUGAAAAAGAUGAUUGAAGUCAAGUUUGGCAUGGUCACCCUCAGCAGUAUCCUCCUCAGGAAAGAACUGCGUCCUCAGGACACAGAGCAGAGAGCAAGGCUGUGGAAACACCUCCAGAGUCUGCUGGAGACCUACUGCCACCUCCGAGAGAACGACCAGAGCUUCCUAGUGGAGGCAGUGGAAAGGCUUAUCCACCCCACAUUGUGCGAGCAGUGCAUCGAGUUCCUGGAGCGCCGUUUAGUUCAGCAGCUCAACAGCAGUGUGGAGAGAGCUGGAGAGGAAGUGCUGCAUGCCUUCAUCCUGGUUCACACUAAACUACUCGCCUUCUACUCUAGCCGCAAUGCGAGCACACUCUCCACCUCAGACCUCCUGGCCCUCAUCAUCAUGGCACAAAAUAUGUAUCCUAGCAACAUGGACCAGGAUGAUCCUAAUCCUGAGGACAUUGAGAGUACAUCUGGUUCUGGUCCUGAAAGUUUUUAUACCCCAGAACCCUCCCCUACAGAUAUGGACUCGCGCAGUUCAGCAGACAUGCCAGUGAGAGAAAGCACUCCUGUGUUUGAGUUUGUGGACCCAGACGUCCAGAUGGCAGAGGACAGCUUGCACACGUUGGAAGUUCCUCCGCCCGACCCUUCGACCCCUCGCAGAGUAUUCUUAGAAGUCUCACUCAAAGAUGGGCUGUUUCCCAUGAUGCCUCACUCCAUGUACUGCCUGCCUCUAUGGCCCGGCAUCACACUUGUGCUGCUAACUAAGAUUCCCACCAGUGCAGUGGCCAUGUCAGUGUAUACGUUUUUGGAGGCCUUCGCCAAACUGGAGAAGCGUUUAAAUGAAGGCCAGGAAGGAUCAGCUGCUACCAGAGGCCAGCCCACUAUACAAGACAUCCGCAGCAAACUGGAUAAAUUCAUAAAAGCCCUGGGGGCUAGUGAGAUACAGUCCGUACAGUUACAUAAUGUCUGGACAGAUUUCAAGAACCGAAUCGGCAAAGGGGGACCAGGGUUCAACAGAGAGCUUAUCCGCAGUUGUAAGAAUAUGAAGACACAGCUCUGUGGAGUAUACCGCCAGUGUUUUCUCAUUGAAUCUGGAACGGCCGACACUCCUCGACGGCUCUCCCCCGGCCUGCAGGAACGGGCCCAGACCAUGGUGCAAGACAAACUGAUGGACUGGAAGGAUUUUUUGCUGGUUAAAAGCAAGAGGAAUAUAACCAUGGUGUCUUACCUGGAGGACUUUCCGGGCCUCAUACAUUUUAUCUGCGUGGACCGAUCCAGCGGCCAAAUGAUUGCACCGUCGCUCAACAUCACCGAACGCAAUACGUCGGAGUUGGGGAAGGGACCAUUGGCUCAGUUCGUCAAAAGCAAGGUGUGGAAUUUGGUCAGCACAACGCGGCGCUAUCUCCAGAAGGGUUACUCCACGGUCACAUUGCGCGACGGAGACUUCUACUUCUGCUACUUCCUCUGGUUUGAAAAUGAAACUGGCUACAAGUUAGAGGCAGGGGACAUACCCACCCUACCUGACGACUCUGCCCCCAUUGGGAUGCUUGCCUGGGACUACUACAGGAAGCUGCUGCGGUACUACAGCAAGAAUCACCAGGGUGAGGUGGUAAAGUGUUACGAACUGCUGACGGUUCACCUGGGGGUGAUCCCCACGGAGGUCAUCCUCCAGCACUGCAGACAGCUGGCAAGCAAACUAUGGGAGCCUUCGCGCAAUCCUUUGCUGUAGACGCACCCACACACUUAAACUGAGUCACAGUAGCCAAGGUACUUGUUUGUUGUAUUGCCAAGAAGAGAAAAACACUCUCACUGUCUUUAUAUACAUAUAUACAUAUAAAUACAGAGCACACCCGACAUAUGUCUGUCUAUGAAAGACAGACAUAUGUAUGUAUAUGUAUAUAUAUGUAUAUGUACUUGUUCGAAGCAUUUAUGUUUUUACUUAUAAGCACAAUUGGACACCAUUGUUGCACUUAUGGUGAUUCUUGUUUAAAGAUUAUUGAUAAUAUCACUCCUGGAUGUUUAUAAUAUAUUUGUAUUAUUAUAAUAUAUGAAUACUCAUUUAUCACAUUUCUUAUUUAUAAGUAAAUCUGUAUGUUUGUGUUUUGUUGAGAGUUAUGUAGAUAUUGCCAUUGUUGCCUUUGCUACUGCUAGUGUAACACUGUAAUUACUUUAUGUCUCUCUGAGUAGCGGUGUAUUUUGGGAGACAAUAAACAUCAGUAAUAUCACAUUUAUUUGUUUAUUGAGUCAUUAUAAAUAGAAUUGAAACGGCAUCAUUUGAACUAUUCACCCUUGCAAAUGGAUGCAGCUUGGUCCUAGGUGUGAUGAAACAGUUAUUCAGCCAUAUGAUGAUUAAUAUAAUAGUAACUGCAAGUAUUGUAACAACUUUAUUGAGUUUUAAUAAAGAUAUUCUAAAGUUA